GCAAUACCAAGCCUCUCCCUCGUUAGUAUAUUUUCCUGAAUAACUGUUGAAGAUGAGCCAUGGAUCACAAAUGCCGGGUCAGUUGGACGAUGAGAGUCACGAUCUCACCCAGACCCCAGAAGAGCCUGGUCCCCUCCAGACACUGAGCCCGAGACCGCCCAACACUCAAUGGAAGGCAUCAUCGCACAAAGCGGAUGAUACUCUUGCUAAGGGCCUGUCCAAUGAAGAUCUAUGGAUGUUGAUCAGACGGUUUAACAAGCAAAUCUACCAUGUGAAAGCGGUUCAUGAUACCGCUUCUCUGAACUUGGAUCUCAAUCGCACUGAAAAUGAGCAGUUUCCGCCCGAAAAACUGCGCAUGACGCUUGAGAGGUUUUAUAUCUCCGUAGUUGUCGGAGUGACCGAGCUUUUCCGCCAUAUCAGUCGCCUGCGAUCAUGGAAGGAACCAGUGAGAACGACAAUGUUCUGCGCGGGCUAUUUUGUUGCUUGGGCCGUGGAUCUCUUGGUUCCAACCAUUCUGGGUACUGUCGUAGCUUUGAUAAUGGUUCCCCCCGUUCGGCUAUUACUAUUCCCUGGGUUGGCAAAAACAGACGGUCCACAGGGAAGCACUUCUACAGAAGAACAAGUUCAUUCCGAGGAUAGUCUCACGGGCGCCCCCGAAAACCACAAGGGUGAAGCCGCUGAACAAGAAGCCAAGAAUCUGGUUGACAGCUUUGCCAAUGUUGCUAUGGAGAGUGCAGCGGCCAGAUAUGGUCAAACAGUUACAGAGGACUCCCCCGACAGACCUGCGCUCAUUGAAAGCUUAGAAGCUGCCGAGGCUGCAGCCGGAACCCCGACCGGUGAUUCUCCUGAAGACAAGACCAAAAAGCCCAUGAAAAAGAAGGUAUCACACGCGACUGAUAAUGUCAUGCGUAUUCUGAGCGAUAUUACUGAUAUUUAUGAGAAAUUCGCCAACAUCCUUUCUCCAACACCUCCGUUCUUUUUGGUUACAUCUAGACUCCGCCUUGCGAGCAUCUUUACCAUCGUGUCCGUUAUCGUACCUUUUACCUCUAGUUAUUGGAUCAUCAAGCUCGUUGGCUUCGCGCUUGGACUAGGCUUCUUCGGGGACCCAAUCUUCACCUACACCCUUGAUCUGCUGAACGAUAAAGUACCAAACUGGAAAGAUCAUCUUGAUUUACAGAAGACACUUUUGGCUGGCGUUCCCACAAACGCGCAGCUCACUUUGACCCUGCUCCGAAUUGGCGAGAUCAAUUCUUCGCCACUACCACCCGCCCCAUCCUUCGAUGACAACGAGCCAGUGUGGCCCAUCCGCCGCAAAAAGUCACAGGCAGCGAGCUCUACAGACGUCACCAGGCAGGGAUCAUCUGUGGACCUUCAGUCGACGGAUUCCACCACAUCGCUUCCGGAGACAAAGGUGCCAAAGAAGAGAUUUGUGUUCAAGCUCUUCAAAUUCUUUCGCCGCACAAUUGCUACGGCAAUCAAGGGCCAUAUUGCUUUUGACCGAGCCAUAGCCAUUGCAGGGUCAGCACAUACCAAGAACCUGAUUGGAAUGCUGCAAAAUGGACACUUUGCUGCAACGCCUUUUGGGCCCCUGAAGUUUGAUGCGAAGUUCGAACGCAAGAGAGGCGCGGCAGUCAUCGACUCGUCGAAGGAACCUCCUAUCUUGUAUUUUACCACAUAUCAAUCCGCUGGACUGGAUGAUUUACGCAUCGAAAGUAGGAAGAAGGGAUCUGUUCUGUUCCAGAUUCCUGUCACCGAAAUUAAAGAGCUGAAGAAGACGGAGGGACUUGGCUGGAAGGGGAAAUUGAUUGUUGAACUGACGGCUGGGAGCAAGGAGGCUGCAGAUGGGCUGGUUGUUAGCGGUGAUGAGCUGGGCCAGUCUUACCAUCUUACUGGUAUGAGAUCACGGAAUCAACUGUUCAAUCGGUUGGUUGCUCUUGAUGCGCAGUUCUGGGAAAGUCGUUGAUACCUAAGGUAUCUAGCUCUGUCCACGGGUGGUGCUGCAUCUGGUAUACCUAUGUAUAUAUGUAGAGAAUAACAAACGUUAUGUACAGAAUCCUGAUGUGAAA